AGGUCAUGACCUUUGGCCUUGACACGAAUAUGGCCGCUGUCGGCAGUGGUGAAUUGAUCUAGAAUUUUAAAGGAUACUGAUUAUGGUUUAAUAACGUGUAUUGACGCUGUGUUCGUGUAUGAAAUUAAUACAUUUUGAAUGAAAACUUAAGUUGGAAGGGUGAAAAGAUCUGAUUCAAAAUCUUCCGAAACUAUAACUGUUUGUCAUUACGGGCAUUAGAGUUCUAUUCUUAACCAUAACAAAAUAUGGCAUCAGACUCGGUGAUGUCAGAGAGGCUUGACGGUAUGUUGCCGACGGUGGCGGAAUAUUAUGACGGUAAAAAUGUGUUCAUUACUGGUGGAACAGGCUUCAUCGGGAAAGUGUUAAUAGAGAAACUAUUGAGGAGUUGUCCAAAAGUGAACAAACUAUACUUGUUAGUGAGGCCCAAACGGUCACAAGAUAUUGAACAAAGGAUUCAGGAAUUAGCGGAUUGUCCGAUUUUUGAAAAAGUGAAAAAGGAACAAGCAAACUUUAAAGACAAAUUUGUUGCUAUAAAUGGUGACAUGUUACAACCAGAGUUAGGAAUUUGUAAAUCGGAUAGGGAGAUGUUAGAACGAGAAAUCCACAUUGUGUUCCAUAGUGCAGCCACCAUUAGAUUUGAUGAACCUUUAAGGCUAGCUGUAGAAAUGAAUGUGUUGGGUGUUCGGAAAAUGGUUAAUUUAUGUAAAAACUUCAAAAAUUUAGAGGUGUUUGUUCAUGUAUCAACUGCAUAUGCUAACUGUGAUAGACCAUACAUUGAGGAGGUAGUGUACCCCACAACAGUAGAACCACAGAAGCUCAUUGAUGCUUUAGAAUGGAUGGACGAUGAUAUGGUAGAUGCUAUUACACCACAAUUGAUUGGAAACAAACCAAACACAUACACGUUUACCAAACAGCUCGCUGAAGACUUACUGGUUAAAGAAGGAGCGUGUAUGCCCCUUGCUAUUGUACGGCCAUCAAUAGUUGGUGCUGCAUGGAAAGAACCUAUGCCGGGCUGGAUCGACAAUUAUAAUGGACCUAGUGGCCUUUGCAUUGCUGUUGGCAAAGGAAUAUUACGAUCAAUGAAGUGUGACUUUAAUGGAGUCGCUGACAUUAUUCCAGUAGACAUACCUGUCAAUAUGUUGGUGACAGUAGCCUGGUACACCGCAGUCACAAAACCAGACAAAGUUCUUAUCUACCAUUCCACCACUGGAUCUGUAAAUCCUUUCACUUGGGGACAAAUGGAGGAUGUAGUGAUUAAUUUCUGGAAGAGAGUGCCUCUUGAUGCUUGCUUUAGAAGACCAAGAAUUAAUUUGACAAACAGUGGAUUCAUGCAUGAGUUUUACACGAUGGUGAGUCAUUUAGUGCCGGCAUACCUAGCAGAUUUUGGCUACUGUUUGAUGGGAAAGAAGCCAAGAAUGGUCAAGAUAUACCACAAGUUACACAGGGCAAUGAGCUGUCUGUAUUACUUCACUGUACAGUCGUGGGAAUGGACAUACAACAACUUAGAUAUGCUAGUCAGUCAGAUGUCACCAGAAGACAGAAAAACAUUCUACUUUGACCCCCGACCUCUACAUUGGCCCACCUAUAUGGAGAACUACUGUCUGGGAGCCAAAAAAUUCUUGUUGAAUGAAGAUUUAUCUGGAGUCCCAGCAGCAAGAGCACAUCUAAGGAAGUUACGGAACAUGCGGUACAUUUUCAACACAUUCAUGGUUGUUGUGAUAUGGAGAACACUGAUCGCUAGAUCACAAAUCGCAAGAAACUUGUGGUUCUUUAUCAUGGGACUCGUGAUGAGAUUCGUAAAAUUCUUCCGAAUAACCAGCACGAUUCGGAAAUAACAUUGCCAGAGAGAUGUGCUCACCAGUUGUUUUGAUACCUCACUAUAGAGAAAAUUGAAUGCCAGAUCACAAAUUGUGUAAAAAUGUGCUUCAUUGAAAUGGGCUUUUCAUGAAUAUUAGGAUUAUAUAGAAAAUAAUUGGCUUAAUUCUCCAUUUUAAACUGCUGACAAGAUGUGCGUAUAAAUUAGUCUGGUACCACAAAGUAUAGGGGGUACUAGAACGGAACUUGCGAAAACUUCCAGUUCUUUAUAAUGUAAUUUCCAGUUGUCAUGAUAAUAUUAGAAGUAUUCCAAUUACCAGGAUGUUGUCAGGAUGAGUUAUUUCGCAGUACUUUGACAGGACAUACAGGCUUAUAAUGUUGAUACCUCACCAUCAGAAAUACAACAAGCAAUGUGUGUAGUUAAGGGUGUAGUGGACAGGUGAAAUCUAAUAUAGGACUUCUAAAUUUGAAAAUCAUCACCAUGUGAAGACUCUUUUGUACCUUUAAAUAUUCUUGCAUAAUGCAGUUUCUCUUCAAAACAUGCAUAAAAAUUGCAAUUUGAAGGGUAAGAGUUGAAGAGGUCAUAGUGCUUACUAAUAGAAAUACAAAUAGGUUUCUUUAACUUCACCCUUCAAAGUUUCUUUUUUCUGUAUCUACACAUUUUGUUCAAAGUGUGAUCUAUCUUCAUUCCAAAUACUGGUAAAAAGCUUUUAACAACAGAAAAAAAUGUAAAAAAAAUUAAUACCUGCUUCAUCUGAUGUACAUCAGCAUACAGUUUUUUCAAAAUAAAAAAUUUGUUGCGAGAUUGGAAACUGGUCUAAAAUCUUGAGCGUCCGAUUGGCUGAUUCAGUGGACUGUCUUUAAACCUUACCCUGCUAAAUUUCUAAAAAUGGACUGGUCCAUCUUUCAAAUUGGGCAGUACCACUUGGUUAUCAAAGGCAUGUUUACCGAAAAUUUACAUGGACGUGCAGGCUGAUCUUGGUCUGCACUGGUCGCAAAGGCAGAAUUACUUGCUGCCAGCAGGUUAAAGGUUUAAUGGGUCAGUAAUAGGGUUAGAUUCAAAGACUGUUCUCCAUACACAAUUUUGAGAACCUUUGAACCAGUUUUAAAGUUUUGAGAUUUCUUUAUAAAUUGAUCAGUUUUGUUGACAAGAUUUUAUUUCUGUGUAGAGCAUGAGUUUACUGACAGGGGAUUGAUAGCCUUAAUUAUCUUGUUUGCAAAAAAAAAAACAACAGUUUUUAGUCUUUUUUUUUUUUUUUUAACUGGUAGAACCCCAUUUAAAUAUCUCUUUUUAUUUCUUUUUAUUCAAGAACUGCUUUAACAUCUUUCUGUUUAAUGACUUGAAAGAAAACUUCUACCAAAAUAUGCAUAUGCAUACAAUAUAGCUUUAAAGAAUUUAAGAAAUCCUUUUGUAAUCUUGAUCUCUUUCAAUAUCCUGAUUUUGCUUAUAAUUACCUCCCUUUGUUAAAUUGAUGCGAAAGCAAAAAUUCGAGUUUUAUCAUUUUGAUAGAACAAACAUAAUACAUUAACAGAUACGCCAGAAUUUUUUUUAACAGGUUUUGUAUGCUGUUACAGCAGAUGGUAACCUAGGGAGAUAAUUGUAAAAAUUUAUUUAUACCUUUCUGUGUGCAAAUACUAAAUUUGCAUUGUUCUGUAUGUGAUUUAUGUCUGAAAUGUUGUCAAAGUAGGUGAGGAUCAUAAAUGAAACAGAAGACUUCAGAUUGUUAAAGCAGGGUUUUAGAUUUUGUAUACUCAAUCUGUCCAAUUGUGUUAAGUGGCACUACCUCACCUGCCAUAUUUAAACAUUGUCUUACAUUUGUAACAUGAUAAAGCAGUUUAUGUGUCCUGCAUUAAAAAUAAUUUACCAGUCGGCAUGAUACACAGUGAUAAAUGUCAAACUGUGCUAAGUCUGAUCAUUACCUUGUUAAUGUUGCUGUUUUUCUGAGAAAUACCCGCAAGGUCAAAAUUGCUGAGGCUUUUUUUUCCUGUAGCAAUAUCGUGUCACAUAAAAUAAAAAAGGUUUUGAAAAAUAAAAAAAUGGUCUAGAACCAAGGAACCAGCAGUUUCAAAAGCCCUGUUAUCAAGCUCUGUAAUUAAGGUCAUUAUCUAUGUUUUCUUUUGCAUGACUGUCUAGAGAAUAUACACUAUGUUGUGAUAGUAUAGGUUUAUGUUAAUAUGAUACUUCAUUGAACAUGACUUAUCAAGAUUAUUUGACACCUUUAUUAUUACGUAACAACUCAAAGAACUAUUGUUAUGUUUAGCAAUAGGUUAAGUGUGUGUAAUUUUAAAUGAUAUACAUGAGGUAUAUGUAAACAAAUUUCCCAGAUCUGUGUAAUUGUAUCGUUAUGUCUAACAAAUUCCACAGGUCUGCAUGAUUGUAUCCUUAUGUAUAACGAAAUUCCCCAGAUCUGUGUAAUUGUAUUGUUAUGUCUAAAAAAAAUCCCCAGAUCUGUGUAAUUGUAGCCUUAUGUAUAACAAAAUUCCCCAGAUCUGUGUAAUUGUAUCCUGCUUGUAAGAAGUAAUGAAUAAUUUUCUAAAUAUACUCAAUAUAUUGUUUUUUAUUGAGAUAGUAACAGAUUAUAUAUUUAUUUAUGUAGUAGUUAUAGGGACUGCAUAAUAAAUAGGCUCGGGUAUUAUAUCAUUGAAAUGCAGAUUUUUAUUAACCAUUUUUCUCUUAACAUAUAAACAAGUCCUCUCCAAAUAAAUUUUAAAUUUAUCUUGUUGAUAUAAAGAAAAUUAAAUCAUUUUAAGAAGAUAUAAAAAGUUGGAAAGCAUUAAUACAUUUCUCCUUAGCAUGGGCGCUAAAAUGCAAGCACAAAACCUACAUUUGUUGUGCUUUUUAACUAGGAUAAAUAUUGUAAUAAAGAAAAGUAUUACCGUAUUAAUGUAUAAAGUUUCGUUUUAAUUCUAGUCUAUAAGUUGUCUUUUGAGUUAAGAGUUGAAAUUAUUUUCUUAGGUAGAAGGAAGACAUGGUCCGAUAAAAGUUAAAUAAAUAUAGACAGAGCAGUUUAAUUGGCAGUCAUAUUUAACAAAAUAGGAAGUUUAAAUACCAUAAUUUGAAAUCGACCAGUGUAUUUCAGUCAAAGCUGUAUAGUGGCAUGUGUCACCAUAACUUUAACAAUACAAUAAUAAAUAUAUAUUAUUGAUAUAUUCUGCAAUUUACGUUCCAAUAUAAAAAUGUAUCUGCAUUUUGUGUACAUUGUAUUCUGACUUCAAAAUUUUAACAAUUUUUGAGAGAAAAAAAUCUUGAAUAUAAAAAAAAAUAUGCUUUUCAGAUAUUCACGCUUUAAAGUGUAUAACAUAAAUUGCACAAAAAAUUUUGCUUUUGGCUAUUUUUAAAAUAUAUCAUUGAGCAGUGACUGCAAAUGAGAUUUGUAAUAUGUAUGUACAUGUUACAUACACAAUUUUUAAUCAGGCAUUAUUUGAAGUGAUCUUCAUCACAUACAAUAUACAUAAUGCACAUAGUAUCCAACUUACACUCGGCACCUUACAUUACACAAUAUAUUAUAUAUAUAUCGCAGUACUUUUCUAUUGACUUACAUAUCUUCAUACUAUUUAUUUAAUAUUGGUAAAGAUAUCUUGUUAUAUGUAUAUGAUACUGGCAUAUGUGUUGUGUUAAUGUGUAAUUAUGUAUUUCUGUGUUGGCUUUUGUUUUUUUUAAAGAUGUAUAUUGGAAGAGGGAAAGGUUACGGCAGAGCAUUGUUCUAUGCUCUUAUAACUUCUGCUUUGCUCUAGGCAUAUUAAUUUGUUAUUACUUAUUUGUCAAAGCCUAGGUAUUACAUUUUUUAUGUGUUUGAGAUUUGUGUAGUUUUGUUCAAAAUGUUAAGAUAUGGGUGUAUUCUCAGUGGUACGUGAACAGUAAUAUGGAAUUAGAUUUGAUUAGAUUCUUCAUGUUAGAAGAGCUUGACCUCUUUUGUCAUGAUAUGGUCUAACUCUUAGAUGAACUUUUCCAGUUCUGCUCUCAAAAAUGACCUUGGUAUGAAGGUCAUUAUGCAUUCUGCUUAAAAAAUGUAAAAUUGACCUUGAUCUUUUCUGUCAUGGUACAGUCUAAUUCUUAGAUGAACUUUUCCAGUUGUGCUCUCAAAAAUGACCUUGGUAUAAAGGUCAUUAUGCAUUCUGCUUAAAAAAUGUAAAAUUGACCUUGACCUUUUCUGUCAAGGUGCAGUCUAAUUCUUAGAUGAACUUUUCCAGUUCUGCUCUCAAAAAUGACCUUGGUAUGAAGGUAAUUAUGCAUUCUACUCAAAAAAUAUUAAAUUGACCUUGACCUAUUCUGUCAUAGUACAGUCUAACUCUCAAGAAUGACCAUAGUAUGAAAGUAAUUACACAUUCUGCUUAAAAAAUAUCAAAUUGACCUUGACCUUAACUGUUGAGAAAAUAAUCGUUUAUAUCUUGUGGCCUAUUUGUUGCCUCCACUCCAGUUCACUUAAUGGUACAACUAUUGAUUUAAUUAUUUUUAAAAUUUUCGCACACGCUGUAGCAUUGUUAAGGGGAAAUAAAUCAUGUAGUAUUAAUUUAGCUUUUCCCUGAUGGUAUACUUAGAAUAGAGGAGUUUUUCCAUGACAAUCUACAAAGAUGGAUACAAUCAUUUUCCCAUCUUCCCACCACUCCUCCAGCAUUAAUCCCUAGUCACUGUGAAAUAAAAUGCAAUAUAAAACAAAUCAGGUUUCUAUGUGUAAGUUCAACAUGAUAUGGCAUCUGGUAAAUGGUUGACAGUUCUGUAUUAGCAUAAAUUUUAAUGUUACUAGAUCCAAAUUACCAUAAAAUCCAUAUAUAAUGUGCACCAAUGUGUAGUAUAUAUCCCCUAGUAGAAAAGUUGGUAUUUAAAGCUAAACUUUAAAGGUUUAUUGUUGUUUAUAGAUAAGAUCGAGGCUCAACAAACCAUUCCAUUUCAUGUCUGGAUAAUUGUUUUUGUUGGUUUUGUCUUGUUUAGAGCUGCAUGUUUACAGGGCCAAAAAAAAUGUGAUGUAAUGAUCAAACCAAUGUUAAUCUACUGCUUAAUGCAAUAUCUGCUACAAAGUUAUACCAUUUUAUGUAAAUUCAAAUUCUUUAAAGCUGGCAUUGAAUUACCUGUACAGUUGUCUGUAACAACAGUUAGUUAGAAAUCUUAUGUUUCUUAUUUAAGCUAGGUUAUAGAUAAUUUGUUAAAUGUUAUAAUUGUUGGCAUUUAAUCAUAAGUGUUGUUAUUCUAAGUGACCUGAGAGUUUUGUUUUGUCUAUUUGAGCCGCACCAUGAGUAAACCAACAUAGUGCAUUUGUGACCAGCAUGGAUCUAGACCAGCCUGCGCAUUCGCGCCGUCCGGUCAGGAUCCAUACUGUUCGCUAACGGUUUCUCUAAUUGAUAUAGGGUAUGAAAGUGAACAGCAUUGAUCCUGACCAGACUGUGCGGAUGCGCAGGCUGGUCUGGACCCAUGCUGGUCGCAAAUGCAAUAUGUUGGUUUUCUCAUGGUGCGGCUCAAAAUUUUGUUUUUGUUUUUUGGGUAUACACUGAACAGAAUUGCUAAAUACUCUUGGAAAAUACAAAAACCAUGACUUACCAAUUCUGAAAAGAACACUCAAAAUAAAUCAACAUUUAGCCCAAAUAUCAGUGUAAGAAAUGUGUAAAAUUGUCAGUACGGAGCAGUUUUGUUUAAUGCAUGUUUUUGAUGUCAGGAGAAGUGAAAAUCCAUGACUUUGAAGCAUGUAAUCUGUGGAUGUGACAGUUGAAAAAGUUAAGAAAAAAUCCAAAAUUUAGUUAUAAUAAACAUAUUAAAAGGGAAAAUAAAGAAGAAGUUUGAAACAGAUCUAACGGCUGUUUAUGUACUUAAAGCAUGGAAUUCCUUAUUUUACAUUGAUGUAUCUGACACAAAAUUAAUGUCUUGUACAUGCACUUACGACCCUUUAUAUUGUACAAAGAGUCUUGUACAUACGUUUGUAAAAUCUUUACGAACAAAAUUUUUAUACAUAAUUUAUCAUAUUUGUAUAUCCAGUUUAACUUAAAGUGCUGUUUUGCAUGUAAAUGUUAUUAAUGCCAAGUUUGAGUUUGGAAGAAUUUCUGUGUAAAGAUUUUGUUCAGUUGAGCCAAUGAAAAUAUCUUUGAAGAGAUCAAAGAAAUAAUUGAAGAAAAUUGUACACAUUUCUUAUGGAAAGAAGUCUGAAAAAAGAAGAUAAUAAAAUAAUUUGUUUUAUCAAAGUUACUUCUUUAUAACGUGACGACGUGUACUAUCAGUGCGGAAAUACAUAUUUUUUCCUAAAUUACUUCCUAUAAUAGAACCUGAACAAAAUUGCGGUAAUGUAUAUUGUUUUUGUCUGGCUUUCUCUUAAAGGGGCAUACCUCCAGAUUUAUGUCUAUUUUUUUCUAAGAAUUUGUUUAAUAUUUUCCAUUGAAAUAAUCAUAGAUAAAAGAUGUAGGCAAAAUGAUUCAUAAGUUUUAGGCAGUUCUUGUUUAUUAAACACUUGUAAAAUAUGUAUAAAAAGAAACUUCAACACUUGUAAAAUAUGUAUAAAAAGAAAAAUAGUAAAUAGAAGAAAUUGAACUCAUAAAUACAGACUUAAAUCUGCCUAUCUAGGGUUGAGCAAGAAACCAUUGCAUCUUGUUCUUCAUUUAUAUACAGUUACAGUAGUUUGGGGCCAGCCUUCAAUUUGAGUCUAGGUAUGUUAUAGAUAUUGCUAUCGUAUUUUUGAUGUACAUCCUGAGGCAUGCCCCUUUAAAGCUGCUUGUUUUGAUGUAUUAUGAAUCUAUCUAAUGUGUUAUAAUCUUGUCUAAAAGAUGCUCUUUGUUAAUGUAUAAAAUGACUCAAUAAAACUUUACAAAACAUA